AUGGCUGCGAACGACGCCCAGACUUGCCGCAUCUCCAUUCUGUGUUCGGGGAGCGGGACAAAUCUGCAGGCCAUUAUUGAUGCUGUUCAGAAUGGCCAGAUUUCCAAUAGCAAGAUCAUCAAAGUCAUUGUCAAUCGUGCAAAGGCUUUCUCAGUGCAAAGGGCAAAGGACGCCGGCAUCCCUCACGAUUACUUCAAUCUCGUCUCUCAAGGUUUCGUGGCGAAGGGCGAGAAGGACGAGGCCAAGCUGAAAGCGGGCCGCGCUCGCUACGAUGCCGAGUUGGCUCAGAAAGUCCUCGGGGACAAGCCCGAUCUUGUCGUUCUCGCGGGCUGGAUGCAUAUUGGCAGGGCAUACGAAGAUUUCAAGGCUGGUAAAUUGGAGAACAACCGAACGGGUGCCAUGAUUCACUAUGUGAUCGCCCAGGUUGAUCGUGGUGAGCCUAUCCUGGUUCAAGAGGUUGAAGUCCUCCGAACCGACAAAUUGGAAGACCUCGAGAAGAGGAUGCACGAUGUUGAGCAUGACAUCAUCGUCAAGGCCACAGCUCAAGUCUCGCAAGAAGUUUUGGCCAAGAAGCAGCAGAAAAAGCAGUAA